CUGUCUCUUUCUCUCUUACUCUGCUUCUAUUAAUAACACUACUUUCCACUUUCCUUUGACCUUCAUUCCUUGCUCUAAUGGCCACCCUCCUCCGGCCAUUUCCACCGCCACCUUCCGCCGCCAAAACUUCCCAAUUCUUCCACUCCUCCAGACCUCCUCUUUAUUUCUCCAAAACCCAUUACUCAUCUCGAAAUAAAUCUCUCUCCAAAAUCCACAGCAGCAAGUUCGGCAACUUUCUCGACUUAAAACCAGAGGCAAAACCCGAGUCUUUGCACUUCGAUCUCCAUCAAUUCGACCCGUCAACCCGGUCUCGCUUAGAUGUGAUCAUCAUCGGGACCGGCCCGGCCGGGCUUCGCCUUGCGGAGCAACUUUCUCGCUACGGCAUUAAGGUAUGCUGCGUUGAUCCUUCUCCUCUCUCUAUGUGGCCAAAUAACUAUGGAGUUUGGGUUGAUGAAUUUGAAAGCUUGAAUCUUGAAAGUUGCUUGGACAAAAUAUGGCCUAUGGCUUCUGUUCAUGUGAAUGAUAGUAAGACUAAGUUUUUGGACCGCCCUUAUGGCAGAGUCAGUAGGAAGAAACUCAAGACUUUGUUGCUGGAGAGGUGUCUCUCCAAUGGGGUUCAAUUUCAUAGGGCCAAGGUUUGGAAAAUCGAACACGAAGAGUUCGAGUCUUCGAUUCUGUGUGAUGAUGGGAAUGAGCUCAAGGCAAGUUUGAUUGUUGAUGCUAGUGGGUUUGCAAGCAGUUUCAUAGAGUAUGAGAAGCCUAGGAACCAUGGAUAUCAGAUUGCCCAUGGUAUUUUGGCUGAAGUGGAAGAACACCCCUUUGAUUUGGAUAAGAUGCUUCUAAUGGAUUGGAGAGAUUCCCAUCUCGGAAAUGAGCCUUAUUUGCGCACUAGUAAUUCUAGAUUUCCAACUUUUUUGUAUGCAAUGCCGUUUGAUUCGAACUUGGUGUUUUUGGAAGAAACUUCGCUUGUUAGUAGGCCGGUGUUGUCUUAUAUGGAGAUUAAGAAACGAAUGGUUGCGAGGCUAAGGCAUUUGGGGAUUAGAGUGAAGAGGGUAAUUGAAGAGGAGAAGUGUUUGAUCCCAAUGGGGGGUCCGCUUCCUCGGAUCCCCCAACGUGUGAUGGCAAUUGGAGGGACUUCUGGGGUGGUUCACCCUUCGACUGGGUACAUGGUGGCUCGGACCAUGGCUUUAGCCCCAGUAUUGGCUGAAGCCAUUGCAGAGUGCCUUGGCUCAACCAGAAUGAUCCGAGGGCAGCCGCUUUAUCAUAAAGCGUGGAAUGGCUUGUGGCCAAUUGAGAGGAGAUGCACGAGGGACUUUUACUCAUUUGGUAUGGAGACUCUGUUGAAGCUUGAUCUGAAUGGGAGUAGAAGCUUCUUUGACGCUUUCUUUGACUUGGAUCCUUAUUACUGGCAAGGCUUUUUAUCGUCAAGGUUGUCUCUAAGAGAGCUCGCUUUGUUGAGCUUAUCUCUGUUUGGCCGAGCCUCCGCCCCAUCUAGGUUUGAUAUUGUUACAAAGUGUCCUGUGCCCUUGGUUAAACUGAUGGGCAAUCUCGCACUUGAAGCUGCAUAAUAAUGCAACACAUGGAAUAAUUAUUUGUGAGAAACAAGAGUUUGGCUUUUGUUCCAUAGCUUAUACAGAAUAAUGAUGUUAUUAUAACUCUAGUUUCAAGUGAUCCUCUUGUCAAAUGAUGGGCUCGAACACAGAGCAUGUGUAAAAUGCUAUUUCAUGGUAUACUUAAUUCCCGAAUUUCUUAA